AUGACGAACCCUUUGGUUGCCGACACUCCCCAACAUAUUUUGCAACUCCUCGAUGAGCUUCACCAGAAGUCACUGGAGCAGGAAGCUCUCAUUUCGAAGAAAGGAAAGGUAUUCUCGGCGGACGUCCUAGGAGAUCUUGAAGACAAGCAAUCGAACCUGAGCCCGAAGGAUGCAUUCAAUAAGCUUAUGAUGGACAAGUUUAUCGCGCUGGAUCAAGACAAAUGUCAAUUCACAUACCAGUUGAUCAACGCCAUGGGAGCCACCAAUAUCGUUGAAGCUGGAACCAGCUUUGGAGUCAGCACGAUAUAUCUGGCACUUGCCAUUGCGAAGACGAGAGCCGCUACCGGCAAGUCUGGGACCGUGAUUGCCACCGAAAACGAGCCUGAAAAGGCAGCAAUUGCACGCAAGUACUGGGCACAGUGCGGUCCCGAGGUUGAGCAACAAAUCGAUCUCCGCGAAGGCGAUCUACUUCAGACACUCCGAGAUGGACUACCAGAUGUCGAUCUUCUGCUUCUUGACAGUAAGCGUUCCCCUUGA